GAUCAGGACAUAAGUCAUAGAACUCGACCUCCGAGGCUUUUCAAAAGUUCAGUUUUCCCUUCAAGGCUCUUAAAAAGUUAUAGUAGUAUACACAAAUUCCAUUUAGCUUAGCACCACUAUAUAUGGAAGGAGCAAAGGAUCGUCUGCAACCUCCAACUUAUGGAGACUUGAUCACCAUUCUCAGCAUUGACGGCGGUGGAAUACGAGGGGUUAUCCCUGGAACCAUCCUUGCUGUCCUAGAAUCCGAACUUCAGAAGCUGGAUGGUGAGGAUGCAAGACUCGCAGACUACUUUGAUGUGAUUGCUGGGACUAGCACAGGCGGCCUGGUGACAGCCAUGCUAACUAGUCCAAAUGAAAAGAAUCGACCUCUAUUUGCUGCCAAAGAUAUAAAGGACUUUUACCUAAAUUACUGUCCUAAAAUCUUCCCCCAACCAGGAUGUCCAUUAUUUGCUCAAACAUCAAAGGUUAUCAAAGCUCUAUCGGGACCAAAAUAUGAUGGGAAGUUUCUGCAUAGUAUUGUUAAAGAGAAACUAGGAGACACGAGAUUGCAUCAGACAUUAACUAAUGUUGUUAUCCCAACAUUUGACAUCCAUCAUCUCCAGCCAACCAUCUUUUCUAGCUAUCAGGUGAAGAACAAACCUACUUUAGAUGCCUUGCUCUCAGACAUAUGCAUUGGAACCUCAGCUGCACCAACAUAUCUCCCCGCCCAUUACUUCAAAACCGAAGACCAGAAAGGGAACAUGAGAGAAUACAACCUCAUAGAUGGUGGUGUGGCUGCAAAUAACCCGACUUUAGUCGCUAUGGGCGAAGUGUCCAAGGAAAUCAUUAAGGGAAACGCCGAUUUCUUUCCAAUUAAGCCCAUGGACUAUGGAAGAUUUCUGGUUAUCUCCUUGGGGACUGGUUCUCGAAAAGCCGAAGAGAAAUACAGUGCAAAAGAGGCAGCCAAAUGGGGUCUGUUAGGUUGGUUAACCAGCGGCGGUUCCACCCCAUUAGUUGAUGUAUUCACCCAGGCAAGUGGAGACAUGGUCGACCUCCACCUUUCUGUCGUAUUCGAAGCCCUCCACUCUGAUAAAUACCUCCGUAUUCAGGAUGACACAUUAAGUGGGGUUGUAUCUUCCGUUGACGUAGCCACGAAGGAGAAUUUGGAUGAACUCGUGAAAGUUGGUCAAGCACUGCUGAAUAAGCAAGUUUCCAGAGUUAACUUGGAAACCGGCGUCUUCGAGCCUUUCUCUCAAGAGACUAAUGAAGAAGCUCUUAAAAGGUUUGCGACACUACUUUCCCAAGAGAGGCGUUGUCGCCAUUCUAGGUCACCCCAAGGAAAGGAUGGAGUACAUCAAAAUGGUGUUAAGAAUUAGUGGUUUUUCCUAAUAUUGUAAGCUCUUGCAGCACAAAUAAUUCAACUCUGUAAUUCUUUAUUUGUUUUUUAGCUUGAAUAAAUCCCCAAUGGGAUAACAUUUGACAAUAAUGGAUUGUAAGUGUUUCUUUAAUAAAAAAUUCUUUUAUAAUGCCAAUUUAAUUUA